AUGGCCAUUGACAUCCCAGCCAUUGCUACCACCACAAUUCCAUACUUAGGAUCCUGCACUGACAGGAUCACCUGGGCACCCUGCGAUGGCCAAACAAUUGUCGUUGUGCAGACGCCCAUUGCAGUGCCCGUCUGCUCCACCACGGUGAACCCAACCAGCACCAGCUCCGCUCCGGCCUGGACACCUACGCCGAGCGGCGCCUGCUUGGUCAAUCCUUUGUGCACCCCAGCUGGCCUCGACAUUUCUUACUACGCCAACCCCCUUGGCGGCUACAGCAGCGGCAACCCCCCUUCUUCCUACUACCUGACCGAGGGUCUCGAGCCCCUAGACUCCUCCCUGACCAACGUUACCUUCUUCCCACAGAACUACAACGCCCCAGCUGGCUCGCAGGUGGUCUACCCAAAUCCCAAUUACCCCUCAGGUGCGUACUGGGUUGGAUGGACGCGCGACACCAAUGGCGGCGUGAUCGUCGACGCGAACAACUUCACCGUGGUAUACCAAGGCUUCUACCGGGCGCCGACGACGGGCACCUACACCCUGUGCUCGACGGCCGACAACGAGAACGACGUCUUCUUUGGCCAUGACAACGCCCUCAGCUGCCUGGACGGCAAAGCUCCCGCCGACGCCACCCCGCUGCUCACGACUACGGGUGGGAACUACAUCAACGGCAUCGUGUGCAAGACGGUCGACCUGACCGCGGGGCUAUACUACCCAGUUCGAAAUGUCAUGGGGAACUGGCAGGGUCCGUCGGCGUUCAACUUUACGAUUCAGGGGCCAGGCGCCGCGGCGGAUGAUCGAGCGCAUGACUUUACGGGGCUGGUGUAUCCAGUCAGCUGCGGAUCAUUCCUUUGA